AUGAACUUUCAGCUGGGGUCAGGCUACAAUGUGGAAUCGCUACCAAAUUCGAACAAUGGCCGACUUGUUGAGGCCGGCGGCGGAGGUGUCGGUACUGCUGGCACCAAUGGUGGUGUGGAACCACACAUUGUGUCCGUAUCCAACAAUCCGUCAUGUAUCUACGGGAACACUCCAAAUCAACCGCCGAACCCUUCGUCUCUGCAACCGACUUACACCAGUCUACCGUGUUCUUCGUCGGUAGCUAGCGACAGUUUACAUAACACACCUCCUACGCCGGGGACCACACCGUCGUCUUGCAGAGAGGAAGAUGGACUUGACAAAAAAAUGACGUGUCCCAAUACAGCCGAAAACGACAAAGGCAAAGGCGAUUCCAAUAACAACGCAGACACAAACGGCGACUGUGCCUUAUUACGUCAACGACAACGACGGAAACCCCGGGUACUUUUCUCACAGGCUCAGGUCUUUGAAUUAGAAAGACGCUUCAAGCAGCAGCGUUACCUAUCUGCCCCUGAACGCGAACAGCUGGCUAACAUGCUCAAAUUGACGUCGACACAGGUAAAAAUCUGGUUCCAAAACCGUCGGUAUAAAUGCAAGCGACAGCGCCAAGACAAAAGCCUCGAGAUGUCGACAAUGCAUCCUCCGAGGCGCGUAGCCGUUCCAGUCCUGGUCCGCGAUGGGAAACCCUGCUUAGGUCAGAGCAACGUCAGUCCGCCAUAUUCGACUCCUUACAACGUUAAUCCUUUUGCAUAUUCGACUGCCCCCGCCUACAACACCAACAAUAACAACAACAACAACAACUUAACAUCUGUAAAUCCGAUUCAGCAGAGCGGAUAUGUACAAACCCAGAUUCAUCACGGGAUUCGAGCAUGGUGA